GGCUUAUGUAGGGGCAGGGGGCGAAGGGGAGCCUGGCCGACAGUUUCUCGUCGUCCGCCGCGCCGCGUGCACGCCUUGUGAUGCGCUCCGCGCUUUGACGCGAGAUGGCCUCGUCUACGACCGGCAACAUCGUCACAGAGUGGUUGCGUUCGCUCCACUUGGGCCAAUAUGCGGAAAGUUUUAUUGAUAAUGGUUACGAUGAUUUGGAGAUCUGUAAACAGGUUGGAGAGCCAGAUCUCGAUGCGAUCGGUGUACUCAAUCCUGCACACCGUCAACGGUUGUUGCACUCAGUAAGAAGUUUACGGGAGGAAGGUGCAGCCGCUGUUUACUUCACCCUCGAGGAAGCAACAGCUGCCAGGGACUCGUGUAGAUGCGAGGAAGAGUCUCGUAAAGAGCAGGCAACCGUUUCAAUCGAACCAGCAAAGUAUGCUGACGAGUAUGAGGAGGGAAAAGCUGAACUUGUCAAAAUUCCACGAAUGCAACUGAAGAGACUUCUUCGAGAACGUCUCGCUCAAGAUGGUAUACGCCUGAGUCUGCAGCCCUAUUCAACUACGGAUGGGGAUCGAGGCUAUUUGGAAGGUUUGGCUUCUCGUUACGCAGACCUAUUCUCCACUCACUACGGCGACGUCCUGGACCACCUUGAAGAACUUCGGAGGCACGAAUGGGAUGAGAUGUCCCCUAGGAUGAGAGUCUUGGGGGGCCCUGGUACCCCCCAAACUCCACCUUCAGCCAGCCCAGGCUCCUUGGCCCUAAAUAAUCUGACCACGUCGCAUUCCCAGCCCAUUUACGUGCCAGGAAAAUAUUCGCCAUCAAGCUGCCUAACGGAUAAAGAAGAAGAUGAGAUCUACGGUUUCGGGUACGGCGUGUUCGGGAAACAGAUGUUGCAACGUCAACAGCAACAAAAACAAUUGUUGCUAGCUCAACCGUCCCAGCCCUUGAUACAUAAUCAGCAACACAAUUAUCAAAGUUGUCUAAGCCCGCGUUCGGCCUACUUCUACGAGUUUCCGCCAAGCGGUGAGUUUCACAAUAAUUGUCUGGGGACAGCUAAGAAGAAGGUGACGACGUUCUCGAGACUGCUUCGUGGACUUAAAUCGCACAGGAAAGAAAAACACGGAUCCUGUUCGCCGAAGCAUACGCAUAGCCCGCGGCAGAUUUUGCCUCCUCAGAGGGUCGACACCCCGGACAGCGUGCUACAAAGUGGGUUAGGCCUGGGGCCAGGGCCGGACACAGCCCUGAGGUCCAUGGUUGACCCGAGAGAUUAUGAUCGCCUCCGCUUCUUACAAAUGACUUCCACCCAACCAAACACGUUUGAGGAAACUAUACAUAGGUUGAAAGUACAAGAAGCAAUGAAAAAGAAAGAUAAAAUUGCAAGGGAACAAGAAGAGAUUCUGAGAGACAUACGACACGGUCUUAUGAAUAUGGGAAGAGACGGCGUCCGGGGUCCUUUUGGAGACGACACGUACAUGUACGACGAUGAAGCUAGAGGUCUAUCAGGCAGAGGACAUUGGUAUGACGAACCGCCCUACGAAAGCGACCCUGAAGAUUUCCUAAUGGGCGGAGGUGCUCCAGCAGCAACUUUUCAAAACGGACGAGUAUGCUUCACUCUCAAUCUUCGCAAUGACGCAAGAGGUGAAGGCGUGAUAUCUCUGAGAAGUGCCGGAGAUAUAAGUUUAGCGAGAACCCCUCGGAGGGGAUUAAUAAUUCCGCAAAGCGGCCCCUACCCCACAACCGUGAUCCCCUUGCGAACAGCGAGAGAUCGAGAAAGCGGGGAUUACGCGGCGUCUGACAUCCAAUCUAUAGGAUCGAGACUAUCUGGCAUCUCGUUAGAAUCAAACAGGUCCGAACGGGAUUCCAGGCGGGGCUACCGCCAAAUGUCUGGCUAUCGGAUAGGAACAGACCCAUUAUCCCCUGCUUCAUCAGAUUAUGAAGACCAAGAAAGCGAAACGGACUCUCAACAUAUAGCUACCGUACAUAAGUCUGCUGAAGAUUGCGAAGGAGUUUCUAACUUGGCGGGGAAAGUUAGGGGACUUAGACAAGAUGUUCAGAGAAAAAUCUCUCGGUUGCGUCAGGAAAGAGGUCCCGAAGGAAAUGAUAGGAGAACAAGUGCAGAUCAAGCAUUUCCUUGUUCUAAUAGUUCUUUUGAAAGUCUUCCCAGCGGAUCUGGCAGUAGCACACAGGCACUGGUUCGCGCCGGUAGUAAUCAUUCAUCUCUCUCGGCAGAAGAAAACAUAGAAUUAAGUCCGGCCGGGCGGAGUUUACUAGUGCCGCAAAUGCUGUGCCGUGCUCGAGCGCUCGUCGAUUACCUACCCAAUAUUUAUGAGAAAGAUGCUCUCAGAUACAAGAAAGGAGACAUCAUUGAAGUAAUUAACAUGAACGCAUCGGGAAUCUGGCGCGGUGUUUUAAACAACAAAGUUGGAAACUUUAAAUUCGCAAACGUGGAGGUUUUAUCUGAAAGAGAUACCGUUCGCUCUAGAUCGUCAAAAUGGUGUAAAAGUCGCGAAAGACUCUGGGAGACGCGACCUCGGACUGUUGAAGAAUUGUUACGAAGAAUAGACCUACCGGAAUAUACACUGGCGUUUUCUCGUAACGGUUAUGAAGACAUUGAGCUGUUCAAAGAAAUCGAACCGUCUGAUCUAGAUUACUUAGGUAUAAUGACACCAGAGCACCGAACACGUAUUCUUGCUGCUGUCCAAUUGUUGCAUCAGCUCGAAAGUGGAGAAGCUGACGGUGAAAUUGACGGUGGCGGUUCCAGUUCCGAAGGAGGAGACUCGCCGUUUGGUCGACGACAGUUCCCUCGUGAUUCCGGUUGCUACGAAGGAGGAGUAGGCGUAGGCGGCGUCCGCGUCCGAACAUCACCGCUAGUACACCGCACAGACGAACCCAAUCAACGGCCCCCCGAGCCCGCACCGCAAGCCAAACGCUCAAUCAGACGGCGACAGCCAGAUGACGCCGAAUGCGACAGAAUAGAACGUUAUCCCGGUACAGGAGCUGAGCGAACGGCGGUACGCACGGGUGGGUUGCCUGGCGGGGCUAGAGACGACACCUGCGAAUCUGAUCACCGGCUGAAUGUCGUUAAGUUUGUGGCCGGCGGUGAGCCCUGCGCUUCAGAGAAGAGCAGCGAUUCGGGAGUGAGUAGUUCUUCGUUGAGUUCGGCUCAUCCUCAUCGUCCAUGAGCGCGGCCUGCCGCAUCCGCGCUUUUAUAGGCACUGGCGCGGGUGCGUGCGCAGGUCGCGCCACCCUAUAACCCCGCUGACAAAAAACCCUCCACUAUACUCGAAUGUGAAUAAUGAUUCAGAAGCUUCAGAAGAUUCAGAUUUACUGGUGGUAGGACCUCUUGUGAGUCCGCACGGUUAGGUACCACCACCCCGCCUAUUUCUGCCGUGAAGCAGCAAUGCGC